CUUUUGCCCAGGCUGGAGUGCAGAGGCACGAUCCUCACCCACUGCAAUCUCCACCUCUCGGGUUCAAGCGAUUCUCCUGCCUCAGCCUUCAGAGUAGCUGGGAUUACAGUGGAUUUAUCUUCUGUGGCAGAUAAAUGAAGUAAUUCACUGCUCUAAAAUGGAAGACAUUGACAUUGUGGUAGUGGCAGAAGUCACAUUACGGUUAAGUGAAAUAUUGGAAUCUUUAGGAAGCCCAGGAAGAAAAUUUAAACAAUCUCUAGACGUACCUUUAAGAGAAGGGACUAAUGAAUUCCAUGGAGCUCCAAAAGGGACCACAAGAAUUCUUCCAAUAUUACAGAAAAAUCCUGUGGAACAGUUACUUUUUGCUUAUAAACUUCUUGACAAAGCAAUCGGUGGAAUAAAUUUGAAUUGCAUGUUAACCUCUUUGCCAAAUGGAUCAUCAGUAAUUGACCACUGCUAUGCCAAGCGUACCCACCAUAUAGAUGGAGAUACUUACAAACCACUUGCCUCAAAUAGUUUCGUGAUGGAUUUGCAUCUUGAACUAAUUCAAGCUCAGCAUCGAAUAGCUGUUGUGCUUCUGGACAAAUUGCAAGGAAGCAUGUUCUUUAAUUGAAAGGAUUGAAGCUGAACAAAAUGCCCUAUAUUCCUAUCAGAAAUAUUUGGAAAGUUCAAAAAGAAAGAAAAGCAGAGUCCCUCCUCCACCUAUCCUGCUGUCUCGAACUCAUUGUUCUGUGACACUCAAACCUGCUCCAUUUACUUCAGAGGUUAAGGUCUCCUGGUACUGCAUUUUGGGUUGCAAAGCAGAAGGAAGUUACGGAAAAGUACGGCUAAACAAUAAUCAUCUCCCAAAUUCAGGAGAAGCAAUACCAGCUGAUGGUAAAAGCAUUUUUGAAGUGAAAGGUUUGGAAACCAAUGAAAAGUAUGUAUUUGCAGUUGCUGCCUAUUCUAGCAGUGGAAAGCUUGUCGGUGGUGCUAUUGGGGAGACAACUAAACCAAUUCUGGUUUAUCCACCUCUUUCUACUAUUACUGCUCGGAUGUUCCUGACACAGGUUGCCUAUCAAGUUGGUAACUAUGAAUUGGCUAAGAAAGUUUUCUCACCAGUUUGGGAUUAUUUUGUUGCUUCGCCACUUCAGGAUGAACAAUCUGUUAUUUGUUUAAGCAAUAUAGUUACUAUUACACAGAGAAGAUUACAUUCAGAUAUUUUGGCAGAGACUUCUUCAAUCCUAUUGUACCUUUUUCUUAGAAAUAUUUUUGUAAUAAGUGACAUCAAAAUUAAAGAAGAAAAUCUUUUCUGUGAUAAUAUUAAAGGCAAUGAGAUUUUCCCAUCUCAACAAGUUGCCAGACUGAUUGAAUGUGAGAGAGUAUUAGUGGCAUUGGAACUUAGCAACUUCCUAAAUGAUUGCAGCUAUGCGCUUCAAGCUGUGACUCAGUGUUAUGGCCUUCUUGCUCCCAUAAUCUAUCACAAUAUUGUUUUGGUACCUGUUGUACAGAUCCUGAUAAAGUGUAUAGUGGUUUUGCAAGGACUACCAAAUAUUGUCUGCUCGAAGAAACAUACUGCGAGCUUUGAAAGUAUACAGCACAUGAUAGCUUGUUGUAUCUUCUACAUAACAAAGAUUCUUCGUUCAUGGAGGGAAUAUGACCUGGCAGUAAUGAUUAUAAAUUAUGGGAAAAAAAUGUUGGACAUCACACCGGGAUGCAAGUCUCUGUUUGAUGGUAGUAAUGAACAAGAAGAAAUGCCAGAGGAGGAUUCUUCUAAGAAGUCUUUAAAGACUAAGAAGCCACAGCAGAUACUAUUGCCUGAAAAGAUAAAUGAACAGCUGGCCUUGUUGGAAACACACCUACUCAAACUGACAAAGCAAUAUGUUACAUCUGAACUCUCAGGAGGAGAGGACCCUAUAUUUCUUUAUCCCGUAGUUUUGAAUUGGUCGGUCAAAGGUGCCGUGAAGGAAGUUAUGAAAUUUAAGCAAAAACCAAGAUUUCUGGAAUUCUUUACGCAAGUUAUGCUAAAAUGCAUGAAUGAGGAAAAAUUUCACCUUUUGGUAGAGGUAACAGCUCCUGUCCACGACUUCUUGAAAAGGAGGAAUGAGUCUCUACUUGGACUAAUAAAAGUGAAAUAUAAGGAGAGUACUUUGAGUAAAAAAGUAAAAAAAUAUUUAAAGUUCAAAGCUGCAGUAAUGGAAAUUGGAAAAGGUGCAGAAAUGUCACAAAGAGUAAGAAGUAAAAAAAAGGAAACUCUAAGAGAUUUCAUUUUAAAAAAUCCAGCUAUUUCUGAAAUGGUGGCACAUGAAAGAAAUAGGAGAACCAGUGUUAGGAAAGCAGCACAACGAUACCUGAUAGAUUACUUGAAUCCUCUAAUAUUAGGUUAUGUUAAAAGAAAGAGGUUCCAUCGUGUAUCACUUGAAGAGAUGCCCUGGAGAGCUCAGAUGAACCUGUAUCUAGCAGGUGCACACUUUAACCUGGUUUUACAAAAGCUAGGGGAGCGUACGAAGAUGAAAUUUGGCUCUUCACAUAUGAUGGUCAGUUUCCGAUCAUUUGAUCCUAACAUAUUCUCACUGUAUAAUUCAGGAACAGUAUUACCAACAAGAAAAUUGACUGUAGAAAAUUAUAAAGCAAUGCUUGAUUUCCUCCUUACAGCCAAAAAAAGAAAGGCCAACUUACCAUCAGAUGCUGAAGAAUUUUCUACAUUUAUUAAUUCCAAAAUGAGUGAUGAAAAUACGUCCAAGAUGCAAACAGUUUAUGACUCAGACUCUCAAUCAGGUUCUAGUGCUAAAGAAAAGGACCGAGGAGCAAAUUUGUGUGUAAUGGAUCAUUUUAUGAAAAUCUUUUUAUACUGCAGGAGAGCAAUGGUUCUUGCUCAUCGUGGUGGCUAUUGGACUCUGCUUCAGAACUGCUGUCGGGCCUUAUGGAACUUUACUCAGGAACUACAAAUAAUUCUUAAACAGGCAGUGGAUCUUGAUAAAACAUUUCCUAUUAGCCAAGAUGGUUUCCUCUGCACCUCUGUUUUACCAUUCUAUUUGGGAGCAGAAUUACUUAUUGACAUGUUAAUACAACUACAAAAUACCAAUUCUAUUAAGCCUAUUGAAGAGAAAGGAGAAUUCAGUGUUCCAAGUUGUUAUGGGAAUAUUAAAAAUGAUAACGGUGGUUCUAGUCUUACUUUUGAGCAUCCUUUGGAUGAUGUAAAUGUGGUUGAUUUGAAAUGGAUCCAAGACUUUGUAUUAAAAUCUCUGGAAGUUUUAUAUCAAGUGGAAAAAUGGGAAACACUAGUAUCGCUUGCCAUUCAGUUCAAUACAGUUUCACAUGAGAGGUAUACAGAACAAGUGACACCACUCCUGGUGUAUGCACAGCGCCAGCUUCUGCUGAGAAUACACAAGUUCAAGGGCCCAGAUAUUACCCAGCAACCUUGUGCAAGGUAUGAGGCUGAAUAUGGAGAGAAGAUAACCUGCCGAAAUUUCAUUGGGAAGCAGCUUAAGAUAAAUUCUUCAACCAUUGAAGAAACAGGCAACUGCACAGAUUUACUAAAAAUGCUUAUCUCUUCAG